GAAUGGCUUCGCAACGCUCCUCGUUCAUCGUGCGCGUUGUCAAAGAGAACGACACCCGCCGCAUCCGCGUCGUCGUGCCCUCCUCAUCAACGUGGGACGACUUCCUCUCACUUCUACGAUCGCGAUUCGCGCUCAACAGCGACGCAAGCAUCGAAAUCCACGACAAUCGCGGCUCACAGCUCGUCUGCCUCGACGAUGUACUCGAUGAAGACGAGCUUGUCAUCAGAACACUGACCUGGACGUGUGGGCGUGGUGAUCACACAACGAAUUCUGAUGUUGUUGUUUGGGCGGCUUUGUGUGGCGCUCGUUUGUCGGACUUCCGUCUGAAAUGUACAUUACCGCUCAAGAGAGAUCGCAAGGUUGUCACUGCAACGUUACCUCGCGUCUCGACGUCGCAUCUCUUUCGUUUGUUGUUUGUGGGAGGAGACUUGGUGUCUCUCGUUGGGCGAUCGGCGUCUGCGACGUUGGAUCGGGUCGUGGACGACUCGAGGGUGGCGCGAGAGAUUGCGAAGGCGCUGAUUUUGACGGGCGUGCCGAGACAUGCGAAUGUAUUGAGGUGGUGGACGAGGAUCGAUGUGGAUGAGGCGGUGUAUGAUGCGUUGCCGGGACGAAUGAUGUAUCAGUUGAAGGACUCGCUACUGCCGUUGGUGCAGAUGGAGAGGACAGCUGCUGUGCUGGUGUUUGAUUAUCACGCUCUGACGCUUAGGAAAAUGCUGGAUGAGAUGCCAAAACCACUUUCUCUACAAACUGUGCUACAACUGCUCCUUGAAAUCUCCUCAGUCUUAAUGUUCCUUAACGAACAAAGGCUGGUGCUAAGAAAUCUUGAUAUCAAUCACAUCCAGAUAUCAUCUUGUGGGACAUUGAUUUUGUCAGACUUCAGUUCAGUGUGUGGAGUGAAUGAAUUGAUUACGGCCAAUGUGUUGUACUUGGAUGCGCAGUUGACACCACCAGAAGUCAUGGAACAUGCACUUGUGCCUCAAGCACGUGUAGGGGUGGAACAGAUUGACGCCAGGCUGUGCCAUGUCUGGUCUUUGGGAGUUGUUGGUUGUCAACUUACCACAGGAGCAUCAGUCGGCGAAGUUGUCUCACAGCACGAGCACAUACUGAACCCUCUUCUAGAAAUUUAUCCAGAAACAUUGAUUCACCUGCUCAAGUCAUGCACAGAUGUAGACACAACAAGGAGACCUGACUUUUCUUCUGUGCAUCGUGAUUUACUUCAGUUGCAACAGAAUAGGCAAACACGAUCUCCACAGUUGCCAGUGCGUGCACAUGAACAUGUGCCAGAAGUAGAGAUCUCUCCUGAUGCAUCACCUCAGCAUCAUUCUACUCUGCAACAAGCUAUUGCACCAGCAACACAUGAACACAACGGAGGAUUGAGUUCUCGUGAUCAUGUCGUUGGGUUAAUGACAUUUCCGAUCGCUGAACCCGAGCAUGUAAGGUCUUCACGUACAAGAAUGGGAGAAGAUAUAGCAGCUAAUUCUGAAUCUCACUUGGACACUGAAAACUUACCUGGUGGUGAUGCUCCGCCGUCGUACAGUGAGGUGUGUGGUAACGCUGAAGCUCAGUCAGUGGGCACUUUGAGCAGCUCUGAUGACGAAGGUGCUGCACAGUUCAAUGAUGUUCCACCACCUUUGCCCACAUCAAGAAGACCAACACUUCCUCAUCAACUAUCAAGGCAAAGUGGUCCAGUCAGUGCUGGAACACCAAGGGACUACCCACCAUAUGGUGAUUCGCAUGGAAUUCAGAGACAACAGGGGCAAUCUUUGUCUCAUUACUCGAAUGAGGAAUCUACUUCUAUUGCUGCUGUGCACAACGACGCAGCAUCCAACGUUUCACAUUUAGACUCAAUAGAUGCAGACGUGGAGACCUUUUGUACAGUGACAUCAGCAUCGAGGUCUGUCGCUCAGUACUAUUUGUUGCUUUGUGACGGAGUGCUUGAAGAUGCUGUUGGUCUUUACAUGGAAGCAUGUAGGUCCACUCAACGAGAUACAAGGCAAGAGAGAGCAUCUAUGAGUAAUAGGAGGAGUGUCUUUGAACGUCCAAGGACGGAUGGGCAUCAGCGCGCUCAUGCUGUGAUACAGGAUGGUCAUCAAAGUCUGAGGAGACCUCCGAGAGCUGGAACACGAGUAGCUGCACAUCGACGAUCCUGGGCUGGUACUACUAUGCAGAGUGUAUCGUCUGUACGAGAACACGAACAGCUUAGACGAAGAGUAUCUGAAGGAACAAAUCAGUUAUCCAGUGUUCAUUCUCCAAGCCAGUCGGCUCGCCGCCGCGGUUGGUGUUGUCCACACUCACGUGAGCCAAGGGAGUGUGUCAUCUGCGCCAUGUUUCCAUCAAAUACCAACCAAUCAACAACAGGCGAACAGCAAAGGAAUGCACGACGGAGAGAACGCAAUCGUCACCAACGUCGACAAUCAAGGAACUGCAAGAUUUCGUAAUGACCAAGAGUCUACAGAGAUGAGCCAAUUCAAAUCAAUGUUUCAACGAAUCUAUUAGAGGUAUAGAAGUAUAUAUCAUUUUAGUAUUAUAUUGACUGUAGUACAGUAGUUAAGCUAGUUCUUUGUUGGUCCAAUGGACGCUUGCUCUUCUUCUGAAUUCAUUUUGAGAAUGGCUCCCGGA